GAAUAGGUCAGUCCAAAAUGCCAAUAAAAAUAUUAGUAGCUCGGCAAAUAAUAGAUGCUACAGGCGUCCCGACCGUGGAAGUGGAUAUGGUGACAGAGUUGGGGUUGUUCCGCAUCGGAGUACCCUCCACCGACGCCACUAAGAAGAUCGCCGAAGCCACACAGUUGCGAGACAACAUCCCUGCGGAAUAUAACGGGAUGGGUUGUAAAUUGGCAGUCAAAAACAUUAACACCAUCAUAGCACCUGAGCUCAUUAAACAGAACCUUGAAGUAACAAUGCAAAAAGAAAUAGACCAAUUUUUGCUAGCUCUCGAUGGAACAGAGUCCAGGUCUAGGCUCGGUGCCAACGCAAUCUUAGCGGUUUCAAUGGUUAUAGCAAAAGCAGGUGCCGCCAAGAAAGGUGUGCCACUCUACAGACACAUAUCUGAUUUGGCAAAUAUCACCACUAUAAUAUUGCCUGUACCACACUUUGUGAUCCUCACUGGCGGAGCACACGCUGCCAAUGGCUUGCCUUUCGCUGAGUACAAUAUAAUGCCAACUGGUGUUUCAUCUUUCGCGGAAGCAGUACGCGCGGGUUGCGAAAUAUACAGUUACGUUAAAAAAACAAUAAAAAGCAAAUUUGGCGUUAAUGCAACCUACGUUAACGAUCAAGGUGGCUUUGCUGUUCCUCUUACGGGCCACAGAGACGCAUUGCUGUUUCUGACCGAUGUUAUUAAGCAGACCGGUUAUACCGGAAAAGUAGAAAUUGCAAUUAACGCCGCCGCUUAUGAUUUUUAUAAAGACGGAGCAUAUGACUUAGACUUUAAAAAUCCUAAUUCAAAUCCACAAGAAUAUGUCUCUUCUGACAAACUGGCGGAAAUUUUUCUAGACAAUAUGAAAGAGUUCGGUGUUUGCUCCGUUGAAGACUGUUUCGAUUUUGACGACUGGGCAGCGUGGGCGCAAAUUACUCCCCGUACCCUUAAUCAAAUAUUGGGCAAUGAACUAACACAAACCAAUAUAAGAAGAAUUGGUUUAGCUAUCGAGAAAAAAGCUGCAAAUGGUGCUGCCUUACGACUAAGUCAAUCUGCGACUAUAACAGAAUUGAUCGAAUGUUUCAAACAACUUCGAGCGAAUGGUUUCGGAGUAGCUGUAGUGGACCGCUGCGGUGAUACUGAUGAUUUGUUUUUAGCGGAUGUGGUAGUGGGUUUGUCUACAGGCCAGCUUAAGUGCGGCGGUCUGUCUCGAGGGGAGCGCAUCGGCAAAUACAACCAAGUUAUUAGAAUCGAACAAGAGCUGGGGGCAUUAGCCAAAUAUGCUGGGAAGAAUUACCGGGUCCAAACGACUUAAUUGAAACUGAUUUAUUGAAAUAAAACUUUUAAUUAUU